GCUGAACAUAUAAUUGACAAAGUAGUAUAUUAAGGCAUAGUUGUGUGCUGCAACCUAGGAUGAUGAUGUUCGAAACGAGCCCCGUUUUGAUUCCCGGCCUGCCCCAGCCCACUACCUCGCACAGGAGACGACAACUACAGAGGACCACGAAACAAGGAACAGAUCCGUGAACAAGGUGGGGCAAGGCCUAUACGUCGCCAGAGCGCGCCAAGGUAAGGUUCGAGAACGGGAUAGAUGUGUUAUUUCUUACGUUGUCUCUACUAGCCGAGUCAGUGGUUGGGCUUCCUGAAAGAGAUUGAUGAUGCUGUCACGCGACGAAAGUGGUAAAAGCGGCGUAGGCACCGCUGGCGAAAGCACCCGAAGCUCAUGUGGCGAUUCUUACGGAGGACGAGGAGCGGAGAUGAAAACUGCGACGAAGAGCGGUGCUCUUACUUCCACCUUUGCGGCGGGGUCCGGGACGAAGGCGAAAAAACGACUCAAGAAAAAAAUACAGGACUUGGUGACCGGCGACGAUGUCUUUUGUACUUUUUGCGAAGACGCCGGGACGUAUGGGAUCACUACCUGGCCAAUGAAUCGUAUAUACUGAUGCUGUUCUUCCCAAGGAUUAGUUGCCCGAUCUAAAAGACGAUGAACUUUCCGUCACCGUCAAGAUAAACUCACUACGCAGUUGUUCGCAUUAUGUGACGUAAAGCAGUAAAUCAAGAUAUCGCAUUGGGUCACUUUUUCCAGAACAGGCCGGGCAUCACAAGUACUUUGAAUGAUGUAUCAAUAACAGGGCUUCUAAUCUGCGGUCAAUGCUGGGGCACGCACGACGAAUGGAAGCAGCGCGUCGUUACGUGCGCAAAGUGCGGGUACAAAUUCCAAAAAU